AUGGCACCGAUACAGGGCCUCCUCCGUCCAUACAACAAGGACGAGCAGUUCACCUUGCAGCACCGGGCUUCGAGUGAUUACAAUCCACUUUACUCCUACCGACUUUCCCGAGGCGACAGCAAACACUAUGUUCAGCAAUAUGGUGACAUGUACUUCCUUCGACUUGCCAAACUGAAGCCUGUGGUGGAGAGGAUCGCAGGAGAAGACUGGGAAGAUUUUGAGAUUGCAGGCGAGAAGGCCCAGAGGGUAGAAAGAGUGCUUGAUGUCCGACAAGGUCAGCUGUGCUGGGUCGUGGGGACAAUAUACAUGGACAUGCCGUUGAAACCCAACAUCUUGGAAGACAUAGCCAAAGAGCAUUGGAUCGCGGGGCCUCCUCCACGACACUCGUAUUUUUCUGCCGACAUUGAAACCCAGGUCAUGUUGGAGGAUGAAUCGGGUCGGCUCCGCUUGACAGGUCCAAUGUUGGAGAAUAAUCUGCUGGUCACCGGCGUUAUCGUUGCAGUGCUCGGGACCGAAAAUGCGAACGGCGAUUUCGAAGUUCUUGACCUACACAUUCCUGAACUACCCCCUCAACCAAAGAGAUGGCAAGGAUAUGAGAAAGAAGAAGGAAAGAUGGACGUCGAACAGCCGAGAAAGAAAAUUGCUCUGGUCAGUGGUCUGAACAUAUCUGGAACAGAGGCGGACACACUCAGGCUCUCGCUUCUGAGCGAAUAUCUUCUAGGCGAGGCAUUGGACGAGGAAGACCGGACCGAAGCCAGCACGAUUUCCCGCUUAAUCAUUGCUGGAAAUUCGGUCGCCUCAGACCUGCUUCCUAAUCAUCAGACGGCUGUCGAAGAUGGCAAGAAGCCCGGGAACCGGAAGUACGGUUAUGAUGCAUCAGCCUACAAUCCCUCGCCUACCGAACACCUUGAUCAGUUCCUGGCGGAGCUGCUCCCCAGCAUCCCGGUCACCAUAAUGGCGGGCGAACAAGACCCUGCCAAUGCUAGUCUCCCCCAACAACCUAUCCAUCCUGCCAUGUUCCCACACUCGAGAGCUUACACAACUGCAAACGUCCUCCAUCCCGAAGAAGAGGAGGAGCCUGCGUGGCUGGACAGUGUCACGAAUCCAUGGGACGGAGGUAUCGACGGCUGGCGGUUCAUGGGCAACAGCGGGCAACCUGUGGAUGACAUCCUCAGGUACGUUGACCUCGGUGGACCAGACGGCACCGGUUCGGACGGCAGGAUGGAAGUCAUGAUGAACAUGCUCCGAUGGCGUUGCGCCGCACCCACCGCUCCAGACACUUUGUGGUGCUUCCCGUUCCAAGACCGAGACCAAUUUGUUAUCGAAGAAUGUCCGCAUGUCUUCUUCGUAGGGAAUCAACCCCGGUUCGAAACUCACGUGAUUGAGGGGUCCCAAGGUCAACACGUCCGACUCAUUACUAUUCCACGAUUUCACGAAACUGGAGAGCUCAUCCUGCUGAGUUCGGAAACGCUGGAAGUCCAGGUGCUCAAGUUUGAUGUCCAUGAUCCAGCCCAACCAAGUGGAUCGUGA